AUGGCGAUUCGCACAAUGGAACAGGCGAUUGCCUACGAGCUGGUAAUCGAGCUUCUCGCGCAUCAGUUCGCUUUUCCCGUACAAUGGAUAGAAACACAGAAGAGUCUACUGAGGGACAGGCAACGCCUGGUUGAACUUGGACCGGCUAAGACGCUUCUAGGAAUGGUACAAAAGACAAUAAAUAAAGAUCUGCGAUCCAACGUGCAGCUCCUGGCCAGUACGCAGAACUUACCUGAGCUUCUCUACACCUACGAUGAGACUACCGAGGAUUCAAGCAUUGACGAACCUGUAAUCGAAACACCGCAGUCCAGCACAGUCCCAGAGCCUGUGAAGGGUCCGGAGGCUUUUACCGUCCGGACUGUACCAGAUGUGCCCUUGACUGCCAUACGAAUCAUUAGGGCGUUGAUUGCUCGUAAGCUCCGGAGGCCGGCAAGCGAAAUCGAUGCUAGCCGAUCUAUCAAGGAUCUGUGUGGCGGCAAGUCGACGCUACAGAACGAGCUGAUCGGUGACCUCGGACACGAGUUUCCAGCCCUGCCAGAUCGUGCAGAAGAUGCCUCACUGGCGGAUUUGGAUGCUGCGCUGGGCGAGGUCCCACUGGGCCCGACUUCGGUGGCCCUUCUGCAGCGACUCUUCAGUGCGAAGAUGCCGGCCCGGAUGACCAUUCCUGCAGCUCGUGCGCGUAUGGCCGAUGUCUGGGGCCUUCCUUUGCAUCGGCAAACUGGAGUCUUGGUCGAUGCGUUGGCGGCUGAGCCCCAGUCUCGAUUGCCUUCGUUGGAGGUGGCCCAUGAAUACUGGGACAGUCUGACUGAGGCGUACGGUCAGUCCUUGGGUCUGUUCUUGCAUAGAGCAACCCGUACCCAGGCUACACAGUCUGUCGAUUCAAAGAACAAUGAACCCCCCGAUGGGAAUUCUCCCGGGGUGAAGGCGCUAGCACACAGACAGUAUGAAGCCCUUCGACAGUACCUAGGCAUUCCUGGGCUCGCCGCAGAGACAGACGACUCUAUAGUGACAGAAUUGCAGACUAAGUUGGACAACUGGACUUCCGAGUUCUCCGAUGACUUCCUGGGUCGUAUCUCGCCUCGCUUUGAUCACCGUAAAACGCGCUGGUAUCGCGACUGGUGGAAUUCAGCUCGACAAGAGCUGUUCGACUUCUGCCAGCUGAACAACGCGGCAUUGUCCGAAGAGCUACGAGAUCGCUUUGUCCAACGUGCAGAUUCUACUAUUGUUCAAAUUGCACAGGCGCACCCAGUUGCAAGGGGGCUUGUUCCUGUCCUCACCCAAGCCCUUCAUCUGCCUUCUGUCGUCCGCUUGGGUGCCCUACUAACCAAAGCACCGCAUACAGUGGUGGCUCCUGCUGGAGAGAUUCAGUGCGAGGAAACCCCUCGUGAGACCUUUGGCUUCGUAGACUUCUUCACGCGAUGGAUACAGGCAAAUGUUAAAACUGGCGUGGCCCAAUCUAACGGAACAGACCUCACAACGGAGCUACUUGAUAGCCUGGCCCACGCAAGCCAGGAGGGGGUUUCCUUCGCUGAACAAACUUAUCUUGUCACUGGGGCAAGCCCCGGCUCCAUCGGAUACUGCGUCGCCCGUCGACUACUCUCUGGGGGAGCCAGGGUCAUUAUAACCACCAGUCGCGAACCCUCUGCUGCCGCGGCAUCCUUCAAGCAGCUGUAUGAUGAGUGCGGGAGCCGUGGAUCACAGCUCCACCUUGUUCCCUUUAACCAGGCAAGCGUUGUUGAUUGCGAGAACCUGAUCGAGUACAUCUAUGGCCAAUUAGGGCUUGAUCUGGAUGCUGUCAUCCCCUUUGCCGCCGCAAGCCAAGUCGGAGCAGAGAUUGACGGAUUAGAUGCAGGAAACGAAGCAGCCUUCCGAUUGAUGCUAGUCAAUGUAUUACGCCUGCUUGGAUUUGUGGGAACCCAAAAGCGGCGGAGGAACAUUCGCUGCCGGCCAACCCAGGUCGUCCUUCCACUGUCUCCCAACCACGGCAUCCUAGGGGGCGACGGUCUAUACGCCGAGUCCAAACGCGGGCUCGAGACUCUACUGCAUCGAUUCCACUCUGAGUCUUGGGACGAGGAGCUUUCGAUAUGCGGUGUCAACAUUGGAUGGACCCGAUCUACUGGUUUGAUGAAUAGUAAUGACAUUGUCGCCGAGACAGCAGAAACGGAGGGCCACAUCUUGACCUUCUCUGGACAGGAGAUGGGCGACCUCAUUACUUUGCUGCUGACUCCGCAAUGGGUUUCCCACUGUGAGGAUGCGCCGGUCAUGGCAGACUUCUCUGGGAAUCUGGGGCAUUGGCGUGAUGCCUCUGUCCAUCUCGCUGCUGCCCGAGCAAAUAUCCACCAACGCGCCGAGAUUGCUCGAGCGAUCGCAGAAGAGGAUGAGCGAGAGGCUCGAGGGCGACAACCCUCCAAAGAUAUAUCCAUACAGUCACGAGUUUCUCUGCGCGUUGGGUUCCCAAGACUGCCUCAUUAUGACUCCGAGCUGCGGCCCUUGCAGACCAAGAUUGACCCAGAGCUUGUGUCAGCAGAUGCAGUCGUCGUUGUCGGGUUCGCAGAGCUGGGUCCAUGGGGAAGUGCACGCGUACGCUGGGAGAUGGAGUCUCAGGGUCAUCUCUCGCCAGCUGGAUACGUCGAGAUGGCAUGGCUCAUGAACCUCAUCCGAUAUGCCACCAAGCAAGGCCCCAAUAGCCAAUAUGUCGGAUGGCUCGACGCGCAGAGUGGACAGCCAGUUGCUGACUCUGAUAUUCCGCAGCGAUACGGGGACAUCAUCCGAUCUAACACGGGAAUUCGGCCACUGCCCUCGGACAAAAGAGAGGUUUUCCAGGAGAUUGUCUUAGAGGAGGAUAUGCCGCCAUUCGAGACGACGAGGGCGAAUGCUGACGCCCUGCGCCAGCGUCAUGGUAGCAAUGUCAGAGACCUGGGCAAGACAGACGGCGGUACUUGUCGAGUCCAGGUGCAACAGGGUGCCACCAUCCGUGUUCCUAAAUCCAUUAUGGCUGCUCCAGGCGUCGCUGGCCAACUGCCAACGGGGUGGUCCCCAGAUAACUACGGCAUACCGCAAGAAAUUGUACACCAGGUCGACCCGGUCUCUCUCGUUCUGCUUUGUUGUGUUGCAGAGGCUUUUUACAGUGCAGGCAUGUCCGAUCCGAUGGAGAUAUUUGAGUACAUCCAUCUCUCAGAGCUGGGGAACUUUGUCGGCUCGUCGAUGGGAGGCGUCGUAAGCACGCGUGCACUCUAUCAUGACGUUGCCCUUGAUCAGGACGUGCCAUCCGACGCCCUCCAGGAGACAUAUCUUAACACCGCGCCGGCUUGGGUUAACAUGCUGCUGCUGGGUGCAGCUGGUCCCAUCAAGACACCGGUAGGGGCAUGCGCCACUGCCCUAGAAUCUAUUGACUCUGCGGCUGAGUCCAUCCGAGCGGGUCAAACGAAGGUAUGUCUUGUCGGUGGCUACGAUGACCUUCAGCCCGAGGAGUCUGCCGGCUUCGCACGCAUGAACGCGACGGUGUCUGUCAAGGGCGAGCAGGAGCGUGGCCGAGAGCCCCCGGAAAUGUCGCGACCUACAGCCGCCAGUCGUGCCGGCUUCAUCGAAUCCCAGGGCUGCGGUGUGCAGUUGCUCUGUCGUGGAGAUGUCGCCCUAGCCAUGGGUCUUCCAGUCUAUGGAAUUAUCGCUGGCAGCGGUAUGGCAUCGGAUGGCAUCAGUCGGUCUGUGCCCGCCCCCGGCCAAGGUAUCUUCACCUUUGCACGAGAGAGUUCAAACCGACCUGCUCCGCUGCGUUUAGCACUAUCACGCUGGGGUCUGGGCAUUGACGAUCUUGCUUUCGCCUCCCUGCAUGGGACUUCGACUACGGCAAACGAUAUAAACGAACCGUCCGUGAUCCAGCGCGAAAUGGCCCACCUCAACCGCACCCCUGGUCGUCCGCUGUGGGCAAUCUGCCAAAAGUCAAUCACGGGCCAUCCCAAGGCCCCUGCUGCUGCAUGGAUGCUGAAUGGGUGCCUCCAGGUGUUGGACUCGGGCUUGGUACCUGGUAACCGCAAUGCGGACGAUAUCGACCCUACUCUACGGGACUUUGACCAUUUGUGCUUUCCUACGCGGAAUAUCCAAACCAAAGGCGUCAUGGCAUUUCUGCUCAAUUCAUGUGGGUUUGGGCAGAAGGAGGGACAAAUGGUUGGCGUCCAUCCCCGAUACUUCCUCGCACUGCAGUCCCGACAUGAAUUCGAAGCAUACAAGACUCGGAUGCAAAAGCGCACCUCGCGAGCUGAACGAGCCUAUAUCCGUGCGUUGACAGCCGGCCAGAUUGUCCGUGUGCAGUCACAGCCUCCUUUUGACCCUGCGACGAUGCAUUCGAUUCUGCUCAACCCAUCUGCCCGGAUUUGCCAGGAUCCCAAAACUGGUCUCUACCAUGUCACGCAAACCCCAUCAUCCCCGUUUGAUGAUAGCUCUGUUGUGGUCCAACAUCGAGGAAUAAGGUCUGUAACAGACCAGCCAUCAACAGUUGGCCUUGAUACAGUAACACUCAGUACCUUUGCUGCGCACGAGAACGCCAUCUUCCUCCAGCGCAACUACACCAACCAAGAACGACAAUCUUUGCAGGGCCAUCGAGACUUUCGCACGGCCGUCGCUAGCGGCUGGUGUGCCAAAGAGGCCGUGUUUAAGUGUUUACAAACCAUAUCCAAGGGCGCAGGGGCUGCGAUGAGGGAGAUAGAGAUCAUACGCUCACAAGGGGCGCCGUCUGUGGUGCUACAUGGAGAUGCCUUGCUGGCAGCGCAGAAGGCCGGUCUCGACAAUAUUCAACUGAGUGUGAGUUAUGGAGACGACUGCGUGUUGGCGGUUGCCCUGGGCGUCCGCCGGUAG